CCAGAGUCCAGACCUCCUUCUUCUCUGUUGAGUGUUGCAGUUUAAACCUCGGAAAGUGAGCGUCGUUUCCCCCAAACAAAAGCUGAACGCUAACCCAAACCCAAUUCAGUGUCAACCUCACUUGCUUUCAUCUUGGAUUUUGAUGCUUUAAUAAUGGUUCGGAUAGUUAAUUGCCCCAAGUGUAAAGCCGUGCUACCAGAGCUCGCUGACUGGCCUUUUUACCAGUGUGGUGGUUGUGGUACUAUUCUUCAAAGCUCUUCUUUUGGUGUUACAUCUAAGAAGAAAGGUCCUAGGAAUGAUGCUGUUCUUCGAGCUUCCUCCUCCUCGUCCUCUCCUUAUCGGAAAUACGAUGUGUUCCUUAGUUUUCGCGGUCAGGACACCCGCUUGGAUUUUACUAGCCAUCUCUACAAUGCUUUGGAUCAAAAGGGUAUUUAUACCUUCAUAGACAAUAAACUUCCGCGUGGAGAAACUAUAUCACCAGAACUCUCAAAAGCAAUAGAAGAGUCCCACUUUGCAAUCAUCAUUCUCUCAACAAACUACGCUUCUUCGAAGUGGUGCUUGAUUGAAUUAACAAAGAUUGUUGAAUGCAUGAAACAAAACAAGUUAACCAUUUUGCCAGUCUUUUACCAUGUGAAUCCCUCUGAUGCACGGAACCAGAUGGGUAUUCUUGCUUCAGGGAAUCAGACUUUUGCUGAAGCCUUUGCCAAGCAUGAAAGAGAUCCCAAAGUUAACAUUGAGAAUUUGCAAGCAUGGAAAGCUGCUUUGAAAGAAGUCGGCAAUAUAUCCGGAUGGCAUGUACAAAAACACAGCUCUGAAGCAGCAGUUAUCCAAGAAAUCGUUCAAACAGUAUUUAGAGAAUUGAAUCUUAUAUUCUCAAGAACUAUUUCUAAGGAUCUUAAGCUUGUUGGAAUGGAACCCCGUGUGAGUGAAAUGUUGAAUUCAUAUUUAAAAGAAAGGUCAGGUGAUGUUCGCUAUGUAGGAAUUUGUGGGAUGGGUGGAAUCGGUAAAACAACUCUUGCAAAAGAAAUUUUUGAAAGAAUUUCAGGUCGCUUUGAAGCUAGCAGCUAUAUUGCUGAUGUAAGAGAAAAAACUAAAAAUAAACAUCUAGUUUCUUCACAAAAACAACUUCUUUCUAACAUCCUUAUGGAAACUGAAAUAGAGAUAUGGAAUGUUCAUGAGGGGAUCAAAAUCAUAGGGAAUAGAUUACGUGGUAAGAAGGUUCUUAUUGUUCUUGAUGAUGUUGAGGACCAAAAACAAUUAGAAGCAUUAGCUGGGAACCUUGAUUGGUUUGGUCCAGGGAGUAGAAUCAUUGUAACAAGCAGAGACAACCAAUUGUUGAAAAGAUGUGGUGUGGAUGACAUAUAUACAGCAAAGGGGUUAGAUCCAGAUGAAGCUUUGCAACUCUUUAGUUUGUUUGCUUUCAAGAAACCCCAUCCUAAAGAAAAUUAUGUGGAUUUGUGUAUGUAUUUUGUGAAUUACACUAAUGGCCUUCCUUUAGCUCUUAAAGUUUUGGGUUCUUUGUUGUGUACCAAAAGCAUCGAUGAAUGGGAAAGUCUCAUAGAUAAACUAAAAGUGGAACCUGAAAAAGAAAUUUUGGACAUUCUUCAAAUAAGUUUUAAUGGGCUAACGGAAACCCAAAGAGAAUUAUUUUUAGAUAUUGCAUGUUUUUUUAAAGGAGAGAACAAAGAUUGCAUAAGAGAGAUAUUAAAAAGUUUUGGUUACUGUCCAGACUACAAUAUUAGUGUUCUGAUGGACAAAUCGCUCAUAACCAUUAAUGAAAAUGGAGCUUUGUGGAUGCAUGAUUUGCUACAAGAAAUGGCUCAACAUAUAGUUCGUCGUGGAUCUAAAGAGCCUGGUAGACGAACUAGGUUAUGGCUUUAUGAGGACAUCCUUCAUGUAUUGAAGAAUAAUACUGGAACAAAGGUAGUUGAAGGCAUAAUGCUAAACACACCUUUUCAAGAAGAGGUGCACUUGGAUGCUGAAGUCUUCUCAAAGAUGAAAAAAAUGAGAUUGCUUAAAGUGGGUGAUAUGGGUAAUGUAAAACUUCCACAAGGCCUCAAUUGUCUUUCUAAUGAGUUACGCAUUAUAGAAUGGCAUGGAUAUCCUUUAAGUUCAAUGCCAACCAACUUCCAACCAAACAAGCUUGUUGAAUUGAAAAUGCAUUGCAGCAGCAUCAAACAACUAUGGAAUGGAAUUAUGAUUUUAGACGAGUUAAAAAUCAUUGACUUGUGUAACUCUCAAAGCUUGAUUGAGAUCCCAAAUCUAAGUGGAGUCCCAAAUCUUAAGCAAUUGAUUCUUCAAGGUUGUACAACAUUGUCUAAGAUUCAUCCAUCUCUUGGAAGUCUCAAACAACUUAUUCGAUUAGAUUUGUCUGGUUGCAAGUGUCUUGAAAGCCUUCCUCACAAGAUCAACUUGGAAUCUCUUGAAGUUUUUAUUCUUUCCGGCUGUUCAGGGCUAAAGAAGUUUCCAGAAGUUGUAAGAAAUAUGUCAUGUUUGUCUGAACUUUAUUUGAACGAGACUGCUAUAAAAGAUCUACCAUUGUCAGUGGAGCAUUUAAUUGGCCUUAUUAAAUUGGAUCUAAGAGACUGCAAAAACCUUUCAAGUCUUCCGAAUGCUUGUUAUAGUUCAGUGUCUCUAAAAAUUCUCACUUUAUCUGGCUGCUCAAAACUUGUUGAACUACCAGAGAAUUUGGGGAAUCUCAAAGGCUUGGAGGAGUUAGAUCUGAGUGGAACUGCGAUAAAAGUGCUACCUACAUCCAUCAAACUCUUAAAAAAUCUCAAAAAAUUGUCUCUUUGUGGAUGUAAAGGGCUAUCAUUAAAAUCUUCAAAUAAACUCUUCAGUUUUCCUUUCAUGCAACAGAGAAGAAGUCCAGAUCCCAUGGACGUGUUUGAGUGUCCUUUAUCAGGCCUAUGGUCCUUGACCAAACUGGAUCUAAGUCAUUGCAAUCUUCAGGAAAUUCCUGAUGCUUUUGACUGCUUGUCGUCCUUGUUAAUAUUAAAUCUAGAGGGAAAUGAAUUUAUUCGGCUUCCUAAAAGUAUGAUUCAACUAUCAAAUCUACAAGAUCUUUUUCUGUGUGGUUGCUCGAAUCUUCGAUCGUUGCCAAAGCUUCCAUCAAACAUUAAGUAUAUUGAUGCAGCACAGUGUACCUCACUAGAAACAUUAUCAUCAGGAUCAGAAUAUGAUUUUCAUCCAGCACUUCAGCUUCUGAAUUGUGUCAAAUUGAUUGAGAAUCAAGGCUACGGUUACAUGUCAACAAUGCUAAGACGUUAUUUUAUUAAUGACAAGCAUUACUAUGGGCAAGACAGAUUGGCACAUUAUAUCUAUGUUCCAGGGGGUGAAAUUCCGAAAUGGUUUAGACACCAAAAUGUGGGGGCUUCAGUGAGCCUGCAAAUGCCUUUAGAUUUUUGUAACAAAUUGAUGGGAAUAGCUAUGUGCGUUGUUUUUGUAUUCCGCCAACAUAGUCCAUUUGAAUCAUUUGUCCAACUUGAUUUUGAAGAUUUGGGGCAUAAUAAAUAUACACAUAAACUUUCAUGUUCCAUUAAAUUUAACGAUUAUGAAAUUUUUGAAGUGGCCAAUGGUUUUUCCGAAGAAUUUGGUAAGAUUGAACUGUAUCACCUUUGGUUGCAAUAUUUACCCUCUCAAUUGUUUCACAAGGACUGGGAAAAAGCAUUGAGUAAAAGCGAUACUAAUGGAUUCAGUGAUAUUAAGAUUGAAUUUAAAACAUGGGGUCUAGGAUUGGAGGUUACAAAAUGCGGGGCCCAUUUGGUAUUCCAGCAAGACGUUGAAGAUCUCAAACAAACUAUGGUUGGGUCUAGCAGCUGCAGCAUCACUCCUUACGAGGAUGAUUUUGACGGUUCAGCCAGAGAUACCAUAAUUAAGGGAAGCCAUGAUGACUAUGAUGGGGAAGGGGCUGGACCUAGUGGAGAAGGCACCACACCCAAAGUGGAUACAGCAACCUAAUCUAAUUGCAAAUUGGAUUGGGAAUUUCAAUUCAUGCACACAAUAACAAGGAAACUCAGACAAAGGCCAACGGUAGUGAUGGUGAUGGAGUGGAACUGGCUUCAGCAACUCAAAAACUGAAAGAUUCCAGGAAGGUCACCAGAAAGUACCAGUUGGAGCUAAGCCAGAAAGCUUUGGAUGAGAAUGGGAAGAGGUUGUGGGAAGACCCACAUUGCUGUACUGCUUAUACACGAGCUAGGUCACUUCAUAAGGAAGCCCUAGAAGAACAUAUGCGUCUUUUUUGGCCCUACUGUGGUUCUGUUUUGGCAGAAUCUCAGGGACUCCACUGGGGAGGCUUUUCUGUUGUACGUCAAUGAGGAAUAUAGGACUGACGCAGAAGAUAAGCCUCAAGCCAAAUGGUCAACUUGACAGGCUCUUUUUAAACAUCAUUUGCAUGUUGUGCCCAUCAUGAAGUGAUCAAACUUUACAACAUUGGUUUUAUUACACAGGGUCGAGAGCACACCACACAUGCUGAGAAGUGUCCAAUGCAACAAGAAUGGUCCAAGGGGAAGAUGAAUGCUAAGAAAGGAGAUGAACUUAGUGAGAUGACACAGGCUAUCCAGAGCUUCACUGAACUAUCAAGGGCAAAGUUUAUAGCUGGGCAGGCAAAGGCAAGUGGUGGCAGUAAGCACAUGGGUGAAUCUGCUGGCACUGAUGAUAAGUUCUCUCUUGAGAAGGCUAUUGCCACACACAAUGGACACAAAGAUCUAGAUGAUAUGACCUUCUUCAAGGUACAAAAGAAACUCUAUAAUCGCAAGGCUAGGAUUUUCUUCAUGACCGUGCCAGAUAAUAGGCAGAAAGCCUGGAUGGAGUUCAUUGCGAAGGAAUCUGAUUGAGUUGCGGUUGUGCUUGAUGAUGUGUUUGUUUGUUUGUAUUAACUUGGAGACAUUGGAGACAUUGUUUUUAGUUGCUAUAUGCUUACACAACAAUGUUUUGUUUUGGUUGUGAUUCUCUUUAUGUGUGUUUUGUUUUCAGCCACUUUAUGUUUGUUUCCAGAUAAUAAUGUGUAACUACGUAUUUGUUAUAUGGUUCACAGCAGAUUAUUUCAGACAACUCAAAUUGGUGCAACACUGAAUGUAUGUAAAUGUAUGGUAUUAUAAUGGUAGUUGUGACCUGUAUUUGAGAACUUA